ACUGAGGAGCCGGCUAUAAAUACGGCUGCGCGCAACGCACAGUUAGACAUUUUCCCGAAAUCAAAGGAAAGAGAGAGACAGCUGAGCAAGAAGCGGGAUCCGGCGUUUACCUUUCAUUCCUCUCUCUACCUUGCUCUACAUUUGAUUUUCUAUCUUUAGUAUCCAGCUGAUCACCAUGUUGACCAUGGGUGGAUUAUAUUUGCAGCACGUCGUGGUGGCAGCGGUGUGCUCCUCGCUCCUGGCCACAGGCACGUUAGGGUCCCCGGUGGUGGGACCAGAGCCGAUCCGAUGCGCCCCGUGUACUCCAGAGAAGCUGAGCCAGUGUCCAGCGGUGGCGCCCGGCUGUGCAGAGGUGCUCCGGGAGCCCGGCUGUGGAUGCUGCCUCGCCUGCGCUCUGACUGCUGGGGAGCUGUGCGGGAUCUACACGGCGCCGUGCGGCUCCGGACUGAGGUGCACCCCGAGACCCGGCGACCCCCGGCCGCUGCACUCCCUCACCCGGGGACAAGCCCUGUGCACGGAGAGCAUAGAGCCGGCGACCACCCCCGAGCCACAGAACCAAGGUAGGCCCAUAACCUCCAGAUUUUACGCAUUUUUCUCCUACAUGCAGCAAAUCUUCAUCCACACUUGACACGUCUCUCAUGGAGAAAUUCCCACUCUCAUCUGCUUAACAUUCAUUCAUUUUCACCCACAGAUCAGGGAGAGAUAGAGACGGAGAUGGAGAACGCAGCCAUCAUCUCGGACCUCGGCUCUAAUCCCUACCUCCCCGGCCACACGAAGCCCUACGACCCGCGGGCAGCUGCGGACGCUCAGGAAAGCAUGAAAGCCAAACUCAUCGCCAACCGCAAGAAACUGGUGGAACAGGUGAGAAACAGAGAGAGAGUGUCCGUGUUUGCUGUGUGCUUUCUCUGAAACCCUCAGUGUGACAUGUUAGGAAAAGUUUUGGGGGAGGUUUAGAGAGAGGGUCGAGUCACCACAGGGGGGCGCCCGUGUGCUGUGUCUGAGGAAGAGGGGCUGUAGUAGAAGAUGAUGAUGAUGAUGUUGAUGGGGAUGCUUGUUAUUACAAGUUUUAUGAGCACUUUGAUGCAUGUUUGCAGAUGAGCUGAGUUAACCCUUUCCUCUCUCUCUCUCCUCAGGGUCCCUGUCACAUCGAGCUGCAGAGAGCUCUGGACAAAAUCGCCAAAUCUCAGCAGAAACUGGGAGACAGAUUAACCCGCUUCUACCUCCCCAACUGUGACAAACACGGGCUCUACAAAUCCAAACAGGUGUGUACCUUCACUUCAGUGUUUCUAUGAGUGUGUGUCUGUGUGUGUGAGCCAAGAUUGUGUCAGCUUUACGAUGAGUGUGUGGGUGAGGCAGGGAGAGUGGUUGAGUUUCCGGUGUGAUAUCACCUGUUUGCAGGACUGGACAUGUGUGUGUUUGUGUGUGUGACCUAGUGAAUGAAAAUGAAAGUUUACUGAUGUGUGUGUUUGUGUUUGUUCAUCUGCAGUGUGAGUCUUCCCUGGACGGACAGAAAGGUCGAUGCUGGUGCGUCAACUCCUGGAACGGGAAGAAGAUUUUAGGUUCGAUUGACCUUCCCGCGGACGCCGAGUGCCCUUAAAGAGAUCAACCACUGAUGCAGAUCUCAGAGAAGAAGAAGAAGAAGAAGAAGAAAGAAGCCACUGAUUUCCUUUAUUUUGAUAGCUGUUUAUUUAUUGAUCUUGUCCAUGGUGGUGUUGAAUUCAGGUACACUGUCAUUGAGGGGCCGUCGGCGGUCCCAGCCACCCUCUCCCCCCUCCCUCCUCUCCGAACACCCGUCCCAAAGAGAAAAAAUCUAUUUUUGUUUUUCUGAAAAGGAGAUUUUUAAUAUUGAUGCAUUUACUUUUACUCUUCAGCCUUAUUUAUUUCCAUUUUAUUUCAUUUUAUUUGUAAUUAUUUCAUAAGUAUUUAUAUCUUUUAUUUUUUGCCUUAUUGUUAUUAUAUUAUUAUUAUUAUUUGUAUGGUUGUAUAAAGUGUAUAUAUGUAUCUUGGCCCUGAGGAACUCCACGGCUGAGUUGAGCUCGCUCUACCCUUAAGGAGUUGUCUGGAGGUUUGGUUUUUGUGACGAACCAAGCAAGAACAAAAAGCACUGAGUGACCAAAAGUCAUUUAGAAGUAUUUCUAAAUGUUGUUUUUAUGAUUCGUUUUCACAUUGCUGCCAUUUUUAUGUCUUUUUUUGUUGGUUUUACUGAUGUGACACAUUACCAGAAUGCAAAACUCUCAGUUGGGAAUCCUGAAACAGUCUCAGAAAACAUUUCCCAUGAUUCCAUGGGUUUACAGAUAGCAUGACGGGCGUGCGCUUUUCCACGCCGCCUCUCAGACGGGUAUUUCUACAUUAACCUACCUCCGAUAUUUAUGUGUCUGCUGUCAGUUGUGUUGAUGUAUGUGUCAGAAAUGAAAAAAAAAAGAAACAAGACUUGCUGUUUUACUUUGUGUCGCUGUUCUCUCUGACCAAGAACACAUGACCACGACGACCACGACGACGACGAGCGAGCGAGUCCCGCAGUGAACCCUGCAGCUAGCUCGCCUCCAUCCACAUGCUGCUGUUGGAGAGAGAAAUAUUGUUUAUAUGUGUGAGUCUAUUCCAAAGUGACUAACUGCUCACUCGUGUGUAUGUACACUUUUGUAAUUGAGAUGUAAUGUAAGAAAAAAAAGGUGAUAUAUUUAAUAAAAACAUUAACCUCA